UGUACCUCCCAAAACUACAGUCGGGGGAUGAGUGCGAGUCUGCCCUGCAGCCGUGUACUUUUAUCCCGUACCGUUAUCGUAGAUGCCGUAUUUAUAUCGCUAUUUAAAGGCCAAAAAGAUGUCUGUCUGUGGGCAAUAUCUCUAUGACCAUAAUGGUUUUUAGUAGGAGAGCGCAAUUGAUGCUGGUCAGAAAGUGACUUUAACGGCAACGGAGGCAACGUGAGUUUUACGAACUAGCAAGCGGUCCAGAAUGUUGUGGGAUGGAUGAUGAGGAGCAGAGUCGCUAUGUGGCCCAACUGAAGGCUGAGUUCGACAGCUGUGACACCACAGGCACAGGUUACCUUGACAAAGAGGAGCUUACCGCCUUAUGCCACAAACUCAGUUUAGAUGCCCAUCUGCCCUUGCUUUUAGACACUCUGCUAGGUCCACAGCAUUAUGCCAGGGUUAAUUUCGAGGAGUUCAAAGAGGGCUUUGUAGCUGUGUUGUCGAGGUCAUUGGAUUUUAGUACUUCAGAAGAGGAGAGCAGCUAUCUUGAACCAGCAAUCCCAGAGGAAGUGAAACCUAAAUAUGUGAAAGGAACCAAAAGGUACGGCCGCCGGUCACGACCAGACAAGAAUGACUUGGAGCUUGUGGCCGACUCAGAAGACUUGCCAUCGUUUGGGACAGACAAAGUAGAAACAAAUGGUGUGAGAAGAGCUAAACUCAGACGCUCCACCUCAUUGGAGAGUGUUGAGAGUCUCAAGUCUGAUGAGGACACUGGAAGCAACAAGGACUCCACACACCACUUUUUUGUGGCACAAGGCCAGUUAAAGAUCUGGAGUCAAGAUGUAACAGGAAGUCCGCAGCGCUUCCUCGACCCUCGGCAGGAAGUGACAGACGGGCAGGUGAGGGCAGUAUGGGCGGAGCUGGGGGUCGGAGUUGGAGGAUCACUGAACAGAGAGGAGUUGUCACUCGUCUGUGAUCACAUCGGCCUCAAAAACUUGCAGUCCGGGGAGUUAGAUGCUCUCUUCAGGAAACUCGACAGAGAUCAGGAUGGGAGAGUCAGUGUCAGUGAGUUUCAGAGCGGUCUGUUCAGACAACACAAUCAUUCUGCACCUCUCUCUACCUCAACCCCUGCCCGGCCCAAAACUCAGCGCUCCAUCUCAAAGGUCCUUGAGGAACGUGCAUUGCGAUCCACCUCUCCUUCAAUACUGUCGGCCACUGUUGGUCAGAGGCUCUUGUCCCGGCUGGAUGAUGGGUCGGGAUGCACAAGCCCAGAGAAGGUCAUCUCGCUGUGGACAGAGGAAGGCAUCCACAACAGCAGGGAUGUCCUACAGACUCUGGACUUUUCUCUAGAGGAGAGACUUUGUCUGUCUGAACUCACUUUGGCUUUGGACAAUGAGUUAUUGGUCAGUGGAAAUGGCAUCCACCAGGCUGCUCUGGUCUCCUACAAGAAUGAGAUAAACUACUUGCAAGUGCUGGCGGACCAGGCCUGUCAGGAGAGAGACAAAGCCAAGGCUGACCUGGAACUAGCUGACCGCCGAAACCUGCAGCUGGUUAGAGAGGUGGACGAUCGCCAUAGCACCAUGGAGUCUCUCAACGAGUCAAAGAUCAAGGGUCUGGAGCAGGAAUUCAGAGAUAAACUCACGGCACUGCGGAGCGAGUCCGAGUAUGAGAGCGAGAUGAUCCUGGAGCAGGUGGAGAAAGAGAGGGAGAGACUACAGGAGGAGCUGGAGCUCAUCAGGGCUCAGGAUGCGAACCUGCAGGAGGAAGUUUGCACUGCUGCAAAGGAGAACAGUCGCUUGGAGGAGGAGGUCAGCGUCCUGAAGGAAAAACUGUCGGAAGCGGAGAACACCAUCACAAAACUACAGAAGGAACUAGACCACCUGCUGCAGGACCGGUAUGGUGACCUUGAUCCAAAUGGCCCAGGACUUCUAAAUGAAGAGGAACACUUCUCUGAGAUCAUUAAGGAGUAUGAGAAGCAAUGCAGGGAGUUGCAGGACCGGAAUGACGAGUUGCGCUCGGAGCUGGAGUUUGUAAAGUCUCAGGGUUCAGAAAGGAGAUCCAGACGUUGCAGAGAGAGUCUCUCCUCUCAUGACUGGUCAAGCCAAAAAGCAAUAACCACCGAAUCAGAUUCUGAUGAUCCAGAAAUGAAGAAAGGUACAUCUCCUCUGACGAGAAAGAAGCUCCAAGUCACUGACAAGAAUGCUCUGGCUUCCUUAGAGAGUUUGGCUCAACCUGUGAGCAUCGGGACAGAACUGGCCAUGGGGCAGAUGAAAGAAAAAUAUGAGCAAGAAGUUCAAGACCUAAAGAUCCAACUGGAGACUAAGGUGAACUUCUAUGAGCGCAGUAUAGAGCUGAUGCGGCAAAAUAUGGAGGUUGAGAGAAAGGACAUCUCGCAGAGCUUUAAGAUGGAGAUCAGUGAAUUAGAGGACCAGAAAGCUCGAGCUGAGGAGCGUUCAGAGCAGAUGCGAAAGGCUGUGGAGAGACUGGAGGCGGAGCUGAGGGGUAAGACUGCGGGCGGAGCCUGGGGUCUAGAGCAGGAGCGGCGAAUUCAACGAGAGCAGGCUGAACUGGAGCAGAACUACGCUCGCGAGAUCAGUAACAUCGUACUUCGCCUCACCUCGGAAAAAGAUCAGCUGGAGGCGGAGCUCAAGCUGAAGAUGGACCAGGAAGUCCUGCUUGUCAGGGAGAAGGCGGAGCAGCAGAUAUUGCACAUGAAGGCGCAGCACAGCAAGGCCCAGCGGAGCCUGCAGUGCGAGCGCAGUCGCCUGCAGGAGCAGUCCAGGCAACACCACAGAGAGAUUGCUGCAUGGGAGUCACGAAUAGAGCAGCUGGAACAGGAGGCGCGCAGGGAGCGUCUCCUCAGUGCAGAGCGCUGGGGUGAAGAGCAAGCUCAGAUAUGCAGUCGAGUGGCACAGGAAAAAAAGAAACUGGAUGAAGAUCACCAGGAGGAGAUCGGGAAGCUAAGGGAGCGCAUUCAGUUAAUGGAAGAUCAAGCUGAACUUGCCUCCAGGGCUGAGGAGGAGCUGCUCAUACUACAGAAAAAGCUUGAAGAUAAGCUGGAAGAGAUGUGUGUUCAGCUGGAGGACAAUACUGUCUCCAUGAAAGCCCAAGAUGCCCUCAUCCAGCACUUGACCUCGGAGCUGCAUGCCAAAGAGAAGGAAAUGGAAAUCAGGAAUGAGAAAGAGCAAAUGCUUUGCGCUAAACUGUCUCAGGUAAAGCAAAAGCUUAAAGAUGAGCGAGAAAAGAAGCAGGAACUUCUGAAGCAAAAGGAGCAAACGCAGAAAGAAACUGAGAGGGGUUUACACCAACUAGAGGAGAAACUCAGUGAGGAGAACGAGAACAAACAGGAGCUUCUUGGUAAAGUUUCUCGGUUGACAACAGAGUUGGAGAACCUGAGGACAGAAUCAGCAGUUUGGCAGAAGGAGAUUGAAAUGAUUCGGGACAAUAGUAGUCAAAACCAUCUAAAAGAACUUCAAGAAAACUUAGCAAAAACACAUGAGGCAUUGAAAAACAGAGAUUGUGAUCUUUCAAGACAGGCUGCUGAGCUGAACGCUGUGGAGAAGGAGAGAGAUCGACUCACAGAGGAGCUCAGAGGUCAAUGUGAUGUUCUCAGACAGCUACAAUUGCAGGUCAUUAGCGUCUCUGAGGACUCCGAUCACCUUCAAAGCUCCCUUCUUGUCGAGCAGCGUAAGGUUAAAGAGCUACAAGCCCUACUCGGCUCGGAGCAAGACGAGACCAGGCGUCUUGAAUUGGAGAAGUCCAGCUACAUGAGACUUGCAGACCAGCUUUCAUCUCAGAUUGUUGAGAUGGAGGCCGAGUCGACCAAGCUCGAAGACAACGUUGAGAAACUCGCAUUGGAACUACGAAGCAAAGACGACCAAAUGCUGAAACUUCGUCAUCAGCUUGAAGCCAAAGCCGAAGAGAUGGAUUUGCUCUGGAAUGAGGUUCAACUAAAGAUGAACCUGUUUAAGGAUGUCAGUCAGCUUUCAAGUCAAGUUGAAAUUUUGACCAACCAACUGGAGGACAAAGAGCGAGAGCUGUGCUCUUUGAGGGAAGAGAGUGACAACACAGCCAAUCGACUACAGCAGUCACUGAUGGACUCUCAAGCAGAGCUUCAUCAGAUGGAGGAGGUGUUUGAAAGCGAGAAGAAACAAAUGAAAGAACGGCUUCUUGAGAUGGAGGGGCUUGUCUUAGCUUUAGAACUGGAGAUGGACACAGCCAAUCCCCACAGGGAGCAACUUGAUGAGGUCAACUCUGAAAACUCUGCUCUGAAAGAGAGGCUUGCUGUCUUACAGCAGGAUGUGAAAUCGCUUGAAGAUGAGGUCAACAAAAAAAGGAGGAAGCUUGAGGAGAUAGAGAGAGAUUACACGAAGAACCAUGAAGAAGAAGACCGGCUUCGUAAAGAGAAUGCCAGAUGUCGAGAGGAGGUGCUUGACCUCAGCGCAAGAAACCUGCAGCUUAGCAAUGACAACGCUGAACUGAGUUCCCGGCUCUGCGCUGAUCAAAGAGCCGUGCAGACGUUGACUGACAGCCUGUCACAGGCGUGUCAGGAGAAAGAUGAGAUGGCUGCUUCUUACAGACAGCUGCAGGAAACUUUACAGAUGAAAGAUCAUCAGACACUAAAGCUUCAGGAACAGUGGCAGAAAGACAAAGAGCUUCUGGAGAGGGAACUUAAAACUGCCAAUGAGAAGUUACAGCAUUUGAUGGAGGUUGAAUCUGCAUUAACUACUCAAACUCUGAAAAACCAAUCACUGGAGCAAGACAAGGCCCAUUUGUUGAAAGAAACCGCUGAAAUGGACAAGAAGAUGGAGAAGCUUCAGGAAGCUCUUGGCAACUUUGAAGCGCAGAUAGAGAAGCUUAACUCGCAGCUGAUGAGUGUGUGUCGAGAAAAGGAUUUACAAAUCCACGAGGUCUCCACACAUCAGAAGAUGCUGCAGCAAUCUCAGGACAAGGUGAAGGAGCUGGAGGAGAGCUUGUACCGGCUGCGUAAAGAGAAGGAGCAGUUACAUGAGACUUACAGGAUGCAGGAGGAGAUGGCAACCGCUGGUUUACAGAAAGAGUGCAAGAGUUUGCGAGUACAGAAUGAGGAGCUUCUUAACAGGGUGGCCCAACUGCAGACUCAGGAGCUGGAACUUCAGAAGUUGACGCAUGAGCACCUCACUUUAAAGACGAAACAGGCAGAGCUGGAAACCACUAAACAAGAGGCAGUUCAACAGACCCUAAGGGCAGAGAGCGCUCUGUCACUGAUCCAGGCUCGGCACACACGUGAGGUACAGGAACUAAGGGAACAGAUGGGCUCUGGUACCCGAGAGCACCUGACUCACCUACAAACACAGCUGGCCGAGCAGCAGCGCAGAACGCUGGACUUAGAAGAUCUGCUUCAAUCACAGGCCAAGCAGGCCAAUGUUCAAAUGGGACUUCAGCAGGAGCAGUAUGAGAAAUUGAUGGGGAGUAUGCAGGAGCGUAUGGAUGAAGUUGAGGCCAAGCUGAAGAACACGCGCGUCAUGUUACAGGAGAAAGUCAACCAGCUAAAAGAACAGCUGGUCAAAAAUGCCAAGUCAGAUCUACUGCUAAAGGACCUUUACGUGGAAAACUCUCAGCUCAUGAAGGCUCUACAGGUGACCGAGCAGAGACAAAAGAGCGCAGAGAAGAAGUCUUUCAUCCUCGAGGAGAAAGUGGUUGCUCUUAAUAAACUGCUGCGUAAAAUUGCUCCAGCAUCCCUCACUGCUUAGAGGUUUAUAUCUCUUGUACUAGACUGUGAAGUCCAACCUCAGUGCACUCACUGCGAAAUGGUUAACAAUCCUAGUGUUAAUUUAAAGCACAAAUAAUGCAAGUAUUACACAAUAUGUGCUAUUUUCAACAAUACAAAAUGACAACAUAUCAUUUAACUUUUGUGAUUGUUCAUUGAUGUUUUUGUCGUUCAAGGACAGAGCAUGUGUGAACAUUAAAGUUGCAUUUAUUUUUGUUGACUGUGAUGUAGGGUACGAACGUCAAGUAUUAUCUGACAAAAGUGUAGAUCACUUAAGUAUUUAAAAAAGCAUUUUUAUUCAUUACAUUUUAAUACCAAUUUGAUGCAAUACCUAUGCACAGUAUUCAUAAAGUGUACAGUUUUGAUACAAAUCUUAUCUUGAAGUUGCACAGUUUUUAAUUACGAUGCACUAAUGUCCAUUUGAAAAUCAAUCAUUGUAAAUGUUGCAAAAAUUCUCCUUUGAUGGUACCACUGAGUUGUAUAUGUAUCAUACUGUCCUAUUAUUACUGUUGAAAAUUUGAGCAAGUAAAGUUUCACCCGUGUACACAU